GGCAGUUAGGAGCCACGAAUGUUUCUCUUUCUCUCUUCCACUGCUUUCGGGCCGUUUCCCACAAAAACAACACAGACUAUUUCGUCAAUUCUUCCGAACAUAACGCAGUCCCAGAGGAGGAACACAGGGUCAUUGGAGUGCCAACAACUUAACCCAAAAAUGGCUCCCAAUUCUCAUGGGUUCAAGCCAUUUUCCCUUCUUCUUUUCUUCCGCCCCCAGAUAAUGCAGACCCUUUUCAGCUCUUGGCUGUAGGGGUCCACUUCCCCUCCCUCCCUUGCUCAGCCCAUUUCCCGAUCGGGGUCGAUCGCCCUUGUGUCGCUCCUCUGAUCGAUGCUGUCGGGAUUUGGAGGUUCAUGGGUUGCAUUAGCUCCAAGCAGGUAGCUAAGGCGGCGGCGUCUCCCGUUUACAACCACCGCCCCACCAAAACCGCCACCGCCACCGCCACCGCCAAGAAUGGCUCUGCUGCGACCAUGGAUCGUUCGUCCAAAACUCAUUCCGUGACGACGCUCGAACAUGAGAAGAAAGGAGAGGAGAAGCCGGAGGAUCGAGGUCGAGACCUCAAAAAAUCCAAGAAAGGGAGUUCCCAAGGGGAGAACGGUACUCUCAGAUCAGGGCCAUCUCAACGCUACGUCGAAGCCGAGCAGGUUGCCGCCGGCUGGCCCUCCUGGCUCAGUAGUGCCGCCGGCGAGGCCAUUCAGGGAUGGGUGCCUCUCCGAGCUGAUUCCUUCGAGAAGUUGGAAAAGAUUGGACAAGGUACAUACAGCAGCGUGUUCCGAGCUCGAGAAGUUGAGACAGGAAGGAUGGUUGCGUUGAAGAAGGUUCGUUUCGACAAUUUUCAACCUGAGAGCAUUAGGUUCAUGGCACGAGAAAUUAUGAUUUUGCGCAGGCUUGAUCACCCAAACAUCAUGCAAUUAGAAGGCCUGAUUACUUCCAAAAUGUCUAGCAGCAUUUACCUUGUAUUCGAAUACAUGGAACAUGAUCUUGCAGGGCUAGUGUCUUGUCCUGAUAUCGAGUUCAGUGAGGCACAGGUAAAGUGUUACAUGAGACAGCUUCUAUCUGCAAUUGAGCAUUGCCACCUUCGGGGUAUAAUGCAUAGGGACAUCAAAGCAUCCAAUAUUUUGGUAAACAAUGAAGGAAUUCUAAAGUUGGCAGAUUUUGGAUUGGCAAAUAUCAUUAGCUCUAGAAACAAGCAAUCACUAACAAGUCGAGUGGUGACAUUAUGGUAUCGACCUCCCGAGCUUCUGAUGGGUUCGACAGAUUAUGGAUUAACGGUGGACCUUUGGAGCAUAGGAUGUGUAUUUGCAGAAUUGCACCUGGGGAAACCCCUUCUUAAAGGAAGAACAGAGGUUGAACAAUUGCACAAAAUAUUCAAACUUUGCGGCUCCCCACCUGAAGAGUUCUGGAAAAAAACAAAGCUGCCUCAUGCAGCUAUGUUUAGACCCCAACAUCCAUAUGAAAGUUCCCUUAACGAAAAGUGCAAAGAUUUUGCACCAUCCGCAGUGAGCCUAUUGGAAACUCUUCUCGCCAUCGACCCUCCUAAGCGGGGUACCGCCUCGUCUGCUCUCAUGUCUGAGUAUUUCAAAACGAAGCCAUACGCUUGCGAUCCAUCGACAUUGCCCAAGUAUCCUCCAAACAAAGAAAUGGAUGCCAAAAAUCGUGAAGAUGCGCUAAGGAUGCGAGCUAAUGCAAAAGCAAAAGAAACAGGGGCAACACAAAGGCCUAAAAAAGUCCGAAGAAAUGUCCCAGAAUUCAACAGCCAUAAAGUACCAAUAAAAGAGGUUUCUCCUUCCUUACCAUUCCUCCCUUCCCACAUUACUUUAAAUUCUUACAUUACUCCCUCCUUUUCCAACGUUUGUGGAGAUUUUUCCUCCCAGGAAGCAGAAGAAAACAGUCAACCUUCUCGACGGAACAAUGGCAGUAAUUCUGCCAAUCUUUCCAAUGAACAAGGCGACGUUUUCCAGAGAGAGCCGCAUAAGCCACUAUAUGAUGCAACAUCAAUGACUUCCCAGGCCGCGACUGCACCUCAAAGAGGAGAUAGCGCAUUCACAGCCCCAAUACCCGUCUCAUCAUCUAGUGGCUUUGCUUGGGUAAAGAAGCGAAAAGAGGAAGCUACGUCUACAAUAUCAGAUGGUCUUAAGAGCCAAAUAAGUGCUCUGGAUCCAUCUUUUGCCAAUUUUACCUUAGAAUCAACAAAAAAACAGAUUGGCCAUGCGGACAUUCCAGCCAAUUCAAGCGCGCAGGAUAAUGAUAUUCGAAAGCAGCAAAGGAAAAAAUAUGAUUUCACCGAGCCUUUUGAAGCAUCCGAAGCAUACCCAUUAAUCUUGGAUAUGUCCAAUGAACUCUAUCCGGAACAACAACCAAACGCCACAACCAAUCCGGUAAAUGAACAGGAUAGCGAUGAUACGAAAUCACACGUUGAAAUCCCAGGACCUCUGUCAACACAACCCCAUAGAAUAGAUGAAGUCCUGCAAAUAAAUGAAAGCCACAUCCGACGAGUGGCUCGAAAAUCCAGGUUCGAAAGAGAUGAAUGAUGCGUGCAUUAUCCGGUGCAAUAGUCAGAUGAUAGACGUACAUAAAAACCAUUCUUAGCAGCAGCAGUUCCAAAACCUGCGUCCACACGGA